UACCUGAAGGCACCGUCAAAGUUGGACUUUUAGGACGGUGCAACGACUCUGGUUAGGUGCGGUAUUUUUGUCAACAAACGGGCUGUUCGGCCUUUAAAAAUAUAUAGACACAGAAUUAUUUGCACCAAAACAGUAAAGACCAGCUAUGUACUGUCGUCAGAUUUUGCGGACACCAUUGUUCGGGACGAGAGCGGCUAAGCUCAGCCGUUUUUCCCAUGUUUGUCGAAGCGAGAGACCCCUGUGCACCAAAAGUGACGAAGUGAGGCUGGCAGAGGAGGCCAGCAAGAAGUACGGUUCGCCAGCUCCAACCAUCUUUUCCAAAGUGAUCGACAAAAGCAUCCCUGCAGAUAUCAUUUAUGAGGAUGAAAAGUGUUUGGCAUUCAGGGAUAUCAGCCCACAGGCGCCUGUUCACUUCCUGGUUAUUCCAAGGAUUCCUAUUCCCAGAAUAAGUGAGGCCAAAGAUGAUGAUGCUGAGCUCUUGGGACAUUUAUUGGUUGUUGCCAAAAAUGUGGCAAAGCAAGAAUCUCUGACCGAAGGAUACAGAGUGGUGAUCAACGAUGGGAAGCACGGUGCUCAGUCCGUCUACCACCUUCACAUCCAUGUCCUGGGAGGAAGACAGAUGAAAUGGCCACCAGGAUAAGGGCUUCACAUUUACUGUGGUGUCUCAGUUUAAUCCAAUAAUAAUGGCAUAAUACUUGUUUGUACAUGUAGCUGAUGUCAAUGUAAAUAUGUUGAAAAAAUGUGUAAAAACGAAAAGUCAGAAGUUGAUGUUUGAUAUGGCUGCAAAUAAAGACACAUUCUGUUAUGGAACAAUAAAGCUCGAUAUCCCUA